AUGGCCGACUCAAUGCCCACCACCAAACUUCACGCUUUCAAUCGCGAGGACACGACGUACACUUCUGACGGCCUUUCAAUUGGGAUCAGUGUGUUCGUGCCCAAGAGUGCUAUAAAAGGACAAACAUUACCCGUGCUAGUGAGAUGGCAUGGUGGAGCAUUGAUCAAUGGCGGCAGAGUGUAUGAGCCUUGGUUUCCAAAGUGGGUCAUCGAUCUAGCAGCUCUCCAUGAUGCCAUCAUUGUAACUCCCGAUUAUCGCCUACUACCCGAAUCCUCUGGCCUCGAUAUCAUCUCUGACCUACACAACUUCUACACCUGGCUCCAUACCAACCUCGCCUCCUUCCUGAGAACUUCCUUCUCCCAGUCAACGGCAACGUCAGAUCUCUCCAACAUCCUCAUCACGGGAGAGUCGGCUGGCGGAUACAUGGCUGUUCAAUCCGUCCUUCUGGGAGAAACCAAAGGCGUCAAAGCGGUCAUCGCACACUACCCCAUGAUCGACCUCAGAGAUGCUUGGUAUAGCGAGCCCGGUAGAAAAGUCAUCUGGGGCCAAUCACCGCCUUCAUUCCCAGACGGAUGGCUCGAUCACCAACUUGAAGGGGCUGCGAAAUCUGCAAAACCGAUCACUGAAAGAAUCCCAGAAGAAGGAGAGCCGGACUUGUUCGUUGCCACGUUGUUGGAAGGACGAUAUACUGAGAUACUGGGUAGCGAUUCAAGUCUGUAUCCUCUUGAGAACUUGAAGAGGAUCAAAGUGCAGGGUGGAGUUUUGACGCCUAUUUGGAUGUUUCAUGGAGAACAGGAUACGAUCAUUCCGAUGGAUGGAACGAGAAAGUUUGUGCAAGUGGCUCAAGAAGGUAUACACGAGAAAAUCAUUCCUGGAGCAGAACAUGGAUUUGAUGAUGACAGCGUUGGUCUGGACACAGAUUGGGUUGUCGAGGGAAGAGAGUGGUUGCAAAAGCAUUGGCCGUAA